GAUGAUCAGAGCUUCUUCUUUUUGCAGUGUCCAAACUUGAUGGAGAAUUUUGCGAUAAAUAUCAACAAAAACGAGCAAUCCUGCAUCUUCUGUUUCCAACUUCUUCUCCUAAAACAGGUUCCCUUUUCAGCCUAGAGGAUACCAAACUGCGGGAAUCCGGUCCCUACUGUUUGUUUUUCUUUUUCAAGGUUAAGAAAUGUUGCACAUGGCUUUUGCAGAAUCCUAGUCUACUUUAUUUUCAUUUUAUCAGUGUGUAUAUCAGCGUGCAACAUCCUGCAUCUGCUAUCUCCCUGGCAACCAGACCUCCUCUCCAUUAUUGUCCGGCGCUUCAUCCCUGAUCACCGUCAGCGGCAGCCUGUGAAGGAAAUCAAAACCCUGCUUUUGACGCUUGUCCUCCAAGUGGAAGCAGAUUUUUUUUACUUCUACAGGUGGCACUUCAAAUUAUAGUGUAGGCUACUUUAUUUUUUAAAUUUAUUUUUUAAACUAGUAAGGUUCAUGUGUCGGGGAAGUCUUUUCUCUCAGCACCAAAAUGCCCGUGAGACGCGGUCAUGUUGCGCUUCAGAACACCUACCUGGACACUAUCAUCAGGAAAUUCGACGGGCAAAAUCGCAAGUUUGUGAUUGCCAACGCCCAGAUGAAGAACUGUGGUAUCAUCUACUGCAACGAAGGCUUCUGCCAGAUGUUUGGUUUCGCCAGGGCGGAAAUCAUGCAGCAGCCCUGUACCUGCCAGUUUUUGGUGGGGCCUGGCACCAUGAAGAGCGCCCUGGCCCAGCUUGCACAGGCCCUGCUCGGCUCCGAGGAGCGCAAGGUGGAGAUCCUCUACUACGAUAAGGAAGGGACCUGUAGACCAUGCCUGGUGGACAUUGUCCCUGUGAAAAGCGAGGAAGGCCUUGUCAUCAUGUUCAUCCUCGACUUCCAGGAGCUGAUUGAUCCUACUCUCAAGAAGUCAGGACUGAGGCAGAGAGUCGCCCAAGGAUUGUUUUACUGCCAGAAUCGCAGGUUGAAGAUGAGGCUGCCGGUUCUGCGGUCCUUUCGACAAUCUUCAAUUUCCAAAGAUCAGUUUGAAGGAGUGGUAGUGGACUACCUGCAGCCACACAGCGAGGAAGUCCCCCUCAAAGAGUUUCGGAUCCCGUCCAAGGAGAGCUGCAUGCAGUCUGAGACAGAAGCCCUGAUUGAACAGGACCUGGAUCCUCCACCCCCUGCAGUCCAGUCCUCCACAAAGCGGCGCUCCCUGCUGACAGACCGCCUGGACCCUGGCAGCGCCUUUCCUAUGGGGACGUUACCUCGAAGCUGCUCUCGGGACAGCGUCCGCAGCCUCCGGCGCGCCUCGUCACUGGAUGACAUUGACGGCAUGAGGACAGAAUGGAGCAGUCAACCUGGAGACUCCCGAGCCAACAGCAAUCUAAAGCCCAGUACUCUGAACUCCACGUCAGACUCGGAUCUGAUGAGACAUCGGAGCAUUGGCCGCAUCCCUCAGGUUACUCUUACCUUUGGCACUGACCGAAUGAGACCUCCCUCGCCCACCGAGAUUGAAAUCAUUGCACCCAGCAAGAUUAAAGACCGAACUCAGAAUGUCACUGAAAAGGUCACUCACGUCACUCAGGUGCUGUCUCUCGGUGCUGAUGUGCUGCCAGAGUACAAGCUCCAGGCCCCACGCAUCCACAAAUGGACCAUCCUUCACUAUAGCCCCUUCAAAGCUGUAUGGGACUGGAUCAUCCUGCUGCUGGUCAUCUACACAGCCAUCUUCACACCGUACUCGGCUGCCUUCCUUCUUAACGAGGUGGAGGAAGAGCGGAGGAGAACCUGCGGCUACACCUGCAACCCGCUCAACGUGGUGGACCUGGUGGUGGAUGUCAUGUUCAUCGUGGACAUCCUCAUCAACUUCAGGACCACCUACGUCAAUCACAACGACGAGGUGGUCAGCCAGCCGGGACGCAUCGCGCAGCACUACUUCAAGGGCUGGUUCCUCAUUGACAUUGUGGCUGCCAUCCCCUUUGAUCUGCUCAUAUUCCGCUCCGGGUCUGAAGAGCCUCAAACAACCACUCUUAUUGGAUUACUGAAAACAGCCAGACUGCUGAGGUUGGUACGAGUGGCCAGGAAGUUGGACCGCUACUCAGAAUAUGGAGCUGCUGUCCUUUUCCUUCUCAUGUGCACCUUUGCCCUCAUCGCUCAUUGGCUGGCCUGUAUCUGGUAUGCAAUCGGCAACGUGGAGCGCACAGGUUCCGCCCGCAUCGGAGGCAUGAAGAUCGGCUGGCUGGACAACCUGGCUGACCAGAUUGGUAAACAGUACAAUGACAGUGAUAUAGCCUCGGGGCCCUCAAUCAAGGACAAGUAUGUUACAGCCCUGUACUUCACCUUCAGCAGCCUGACCAGUGUGGGUUUUGGGAACGUCUCACCCAACACCAACCCAGAGAAGAUCUUCUCCAUCUGUGUCAUGCUCAUUGGCUCUCUGAUGUAUGCCAGUAUCUUUGGUAACGUGUCGGCCAUCAUUCAGAGAUUGUACUCAGGCACAGCCCGUUACCACACCCAGAUGCUGCGGGUCAAAGAGUUCAUCCGUUUCCAUCAGAUCCCAGGAAGCCUGAGACAGAGGCUGGAGGAGUACUUCCAACAUGCCUGGUCCUACACCAACGGCAUUGACAUGAACGCUGUAAGUCAUGUUUUAAAGGGUUUCCCUGAGUGUCUGCAGGCUGACAUCUGCCUCCAUUUGAACCGCAGCUUGCUGCAGAACUGCAGGGCUUUUCGAGGUGCCAACAAAGGCUGCCUGCGGGCUCUGGCCAUGCGAUUCAAGACAACCCACGCUCCGCCGGGUGACACUGUGGUCCACAGUGGGGACAUUCUCAGCGCCCUCUACUUCAUUUCCAGAGGUUCUAUAGAGAUUCUCAGGGACGAUGUGGUUGUGGCCAUACUAGGAAAGAACGACAUAUUCGGUGAACCUAUCAGUGUGUAUGGGAGGCCAGGUAAAUCCAGCGCGGACGUCAGGGCUUUGACCUACUGCGACCUUCACAAGAUCCUGAGAGACGACCUGCUGGAAGUGCUGGACAUGUAUCCCGACUUCUCCGACACGUUCUGGAACAACUUGGAGAUCACCUUCAACCUGAGAGAUGCAGAUAGAAUACACCAGCCAACCCAGGGCAGGGAAUCUGAAUGUGGCUACCGCCGGACAAGGCAUCGGAGAAGCUCCCUGCGUCGUCGAAACCGACCAGACGGCAUGGACCGUGAAGACUCUUACCCCGAUCAGUCCUGUCCAAUGGCAAACCACCAAGGCACAAUGUCAGGAUCCCAUUGGGAAGACCUCUGCAGCAGCGCUAGUAUCUGUUCGCAGUCUAGUGAUGAGGAGAUGACGCCUAUGGGACAAAGCAAGGGGGAGCUGUACCCCACCAGGGGGGACACCAGAGACUACUCCCCAGCAGCAGUCAACCUCUUGCCUCACAGUGGACCCUCAGCAAGGAUGGGACCACCUGUAGACCCUGGAGGACCACAAUACUCAGCAGCAGCCCCCAUCAGCAUGCCUGGCCUGUAUGACUACUGGCCGGACCGCAGAGACAGCCAGAAACGUUCAUCCUCAGUCAGGGCCAGUUUCCACCCUCCACCCUGUGCUGAGGACAGGCCCAGUGAGCUGGAGUCCAGACUGGAGCUGCUGCAGUCCCAGUUAAAUAGGCUGGAGACCCGUAUGACAGCAGACAUCAAUGUAAUCCUGCAGCUUCUCCAGAGGCAGAUGGCCCUGGUGCCUCCGGCCUACAGUGCUGUGUCCCCCAGCCCUCAGCCGCCUCACCCCACCAGCCUGUACAGCACAGGAGCACCCACAAUCCUCACUGUCCCUCCAAUCCAGCCAGUACCUAUUGACAGCACUUCCUCCGUACUAAAGAGUCCAGACUCUGACUUUAACCACAAAUCCAAGGACUCUCUGUCCAGCGGGAUCCAUCUCACUGUGGCCUCUGAUGACACCAUGUCACCGGAGGCUGACCCACCACAUCUGCAUUCUGUGGACCUCAACCCUCCUACAUUUUCAGGGGCCCUUGAGCCACCUGGACUGCUAUGUGCCAGCCAGCAUUUUCCCUCCCUUCCUGAGCACCUGGAGACCUCCACAGAGAUGCAGGAGGUCCAGAGGCAUUUCUCCGACCCUGUCUUGCCAGGCAGCUAGAACACCAGAGUCACCAACGCCACCCAAAAGCCUGGUCCUUUGGACAGGUCAGCCAUAUGUUCCCCACUCUGCUAGCUCCUUUUCUCUCCCUUUAAACCUCCUCUCUUCUGUUCAGAUGCUGCUGUAGAGCGUUGGACGCCUUGUCUUCCACGUUACUGAGGGUUUAGAGUGCCUCCUGUUUUUUACAAACGGACUCUAGGGCACCCCAAUGGGCUGUUGUCCUUUCUUGCUCCACAGCCUUUUGUACCUGAGGUCUAGUGCAAUCAAGAGAUUAUUCUUCCUUAACAGGGUGGGGAAAUUCUGAAACAUGAGUUGACAAUAAACACAUACAAACACAUACAUGUGUCAUGCAGUCGCUGGACCUGAAAGCAACACAAAACUACGUCCUAGACCAAGGCAAAGAGGUGAAAUGUCAAAGACUACUAAUAUGUUUCACAUGAGAAGAAUCAUCUACAUUCACUUUGUAUAAGAAUUGCACAUUUAAACUCAAGCUUAGAAAAAUGUAAUCUUUUAUUUGGUAUUGAAUUUAUUUUCCUAAUAUUAGAGAUGUAUCGAUCACAUUAAGAACGAUACAUCUAGUAAAUGUUACAAACCAUGAGUGUUUUAAG